GUGGAUGAACCCUCUUUUGAGGCUUGGUUCCAGCAGGGGUUUGGGAGUAAACGAUCUGUACGGAAUUCCAUUGGGAGACGAGUCCGAGGGAUUGGGAAACAAACUCCAGAGUGGGAGAAGGAGAUGGAGAAUGCUGCCGUAGUUGGUGGUCAAUUGGAUUCAUGGCCAAGGAGUAGAGGAGUCAAGAGGCCGAGUUUCCUGAAAGCUAUCAUCAAGAUCUUCGGAGGGAAAUACGCUCUCAUUGGGAUACUCGCUUUCAUUGAGGAGUGCGUUCUCAGAGUGUCCCAGCCAGUAUUCAUGGGUUUGCUGAUUCGAUAUUUCUCCGGAAACUGGGAAUAUGGGGACGAAGCAUACUGGGGCUGGCUGCUUGGCACGGGUGUUGUAACAUGUUCCAUCCUAUACAUUUUUACGCAUCAUUCCCUCCUAUUCAACAUCUCGAGAUGUGGAAUGCAAAUCAGAGUUGCAUGCGGAUCCCUCAUCUACAGAAAAGUGUUGAGACUAAGCAAAGGUGCACUGGGUCAAACGACCGUGGGUCAGAUGGUGAAUCUCCUGUCCAAUGAUGUCAACAGAUUCGAUCAGUCGGUCAUUUUCCUUCACUACUUGUGGGUGGGGCCGAUUCAAGCUGCCAUCACGACAGGCAUCCUUUGGUCGACAUUCGGAGUUUCAUGCCUCUCGGGAAUUGCUAUCCUUAUCCUCUUUCUUCCCUUUCAAGGUUUUCUGCUACCUUAUCACCCACUUCCUAAUGGGCCAACAAAUAGCUUCUAUGCCGAAAUGAACGAGAUUCGCGUGAUCAGAAGAACAUCUUAUCUCCGGGGCAUCAACAUGAGCCUUUUCUAUUCCUCGUCGAAAGUCAUUCUCCUCGUCAAUUUCAUCGUUUAUAUGGUGCUUGGCAAUGACCUCACUGCUGAAAAGGUAUUCCUUGCUGUGGCCCUCUACAACAACGUGCGAUUGGUCAUGACGUUCUUUUUUCCAUUCGGGAUCGCUCAAGCGGCGGAAACUAUCGUCUCCGUCAGACGACUUCAGGACUUUCUCCUACUUGAAGAAUUGAGGAAGGAAGAUCGCAUCAAAGAACCUUGUCCUAGUUCCAAUGGCGUAGCUAAUAAUACCCAAGAUUCCACAAAAACUUUGCCCAUGGAUUCAAAUCCAGGAAUAGAGAUGAAGAGUGCAGUAGCGUCAUGGUCGAGAAGUCAGAACAACACUGUUCUCAACAGCAUCUCUCUAUCCGUAGGGCCUGGUCAACUGGUUGCCAUCAUCGGUCCUGUCGGCAGUGGAAAGGGGUACCAGCUACUGACUAUGAUAGCAAGGAUUAACAAAUCCUCUUUUGGGCAGAGCUCGUUGGUUCAGGCGAUUUUGGGCGAACUACCCUUGGAGAGUGGUGAACUGAAGGUCAACGGAAAGUUAGGAUAUACAGGACAAGAACCUUGGGUUUUUGCCGGGUCUAUCCGUCAAAAUAUCAUAUUUGGGAAACCAUAUGAUGAACAACUGUUUCGCCGAGUCGUCCACGCCUGUGGACUUCACAAGGACCUUGCACGAUUCCCCCAUAAGGAAAGGAGUCUGGUUGGGGAUAGAGGAAUCACUCUUUCUGGCGGACAGAAAGCCCGGGUUUCUCUUGCCAGAGCGUUGUACCAAGAAGCAGACAUUUAUCUUUUGGACGAUCCGUUGUCAGCAGUAGACACUCUUGUGGGAAGACACCUAUUCGACAAAUGCAUCAUGGGGUACUUGAAGGAGAAGCCAAGGAUAUUGGUCACUCAUCAGCUUCAAUUUCUCGAAAAAGCAGAUGUCAUCAUCAUCCUGGCUCACGUAACAUCCAUCUUCUUCAAGUAUCACUGUAAUCGUGCGCUCUGCAAAGUACGGGACAGUAGCGACGAGGGGUACAUACAGCGAAUUGCUGAAGUCUGGCUUGGAUUUCACGAAACUGAUGGCCGAAUUUUCCAGAACGAGAUUCGCGUGAUCAGAAGAACAUCUUAUCUCCGGGGCAUCAACAUGAGCCUUUUCUAUUCCUCGUCGAAAGUCAUUCUCCUCGUCAAUUUCAUCGUUUAUAUGGUGCUUGGCAAUGACCUCACUGCUGAAAAGGUAUUCCUUGCUGUGGCCCUCUACAACAACGUGCGAUUGGUCAUGACGUUCUUUUUUCCAUUCGGGAUCGCUCAAGCGGCGGAAACUAUCGUCUCCGUCAGACGACUUCAGGACUUUCUCCUGCUUGAAGAAUUGAGGAAGGAAGACCGCAUCAAAGAACCUAGUCCUAGUUCCAAUGGCGUAGCUAAUAAUACCCAAGAUUCCGCACAAACUUUGCCAAAGGAUUCAAAUCCAGGAAUAGAGAUGAAGAGUGCAGUAGCGUCAUGGUCGAGAAGUCAAAACAACACUGUUCUCAACGGCAUCUCUCUAUCCGGCCUGGUCAACUGGUUGCCAUCAUCGGUCCUGUCGGCAGUGGAAAGGUACAACUUGUUUCAGGGGUACCAUCUACUGACUAUGAUAGCAAGGAUUAACAGAUCCUCUUUUGGGCAGAGCUCGUUGGUUCAGGCGAUUUUGGGCGAACUACCCUUGGAGAGUGGUGAACUCAAGGUCAACGGAAAGUUAGGAUAUACAGGACAAGAACCUUGGGUUUUUGCCGGAUCUAUCCGUCAAAAUAUCAUAUUUGGGAAACCAUAUGAUGAACAACUGUUUCGCCGAGUUGUCCACGCCUGUGCACUUCACAAGGACCUUGCACGAUUCCCCCAUAAGGAAAGGAGUCUGGUUGGGGAUAGAGGAAUCACUCUUUCUGGCGGACAGAAAGCCCGGGUUUCUCUUGCCAGAGCGUUGUACCAAGAAGCAGACAUUUAUCUUUUGGACGAUCCGUUGUCAGCAGUAGACACUCUUGUAGGAAGACACCUAUUCGACAAAUGCAUCAUGGGGUACUUGAAGGAGAAGCCAAGGAUAUUGGUCACUCAUCAGCUUCAAUUUCUCGAAAAAGCAGAUGUCAUCAUCAUCCUAGCUCACCUCGGAGACACGGCAUCUGCACCAACAUUCGCGGAAGAAACGAGAUGCCGCGGGAAGGUAUCAGUAAGGACAUAUUGGCAAUACAUGACGGCAGGUGCUGGAUGGCUGCUUCUCUUCCUACUGCUCGUCAGUAACAUCCUCACCCAGGCUGCAUUUUCAGGCUCUGAUUGGUGGCUCUGUUACUGGUUCGUUCUUUCCUUCAACAGCAUGACUACGCAACUCUUCAUUGCUUUUGCUUUCAGGACCAAUGCUCAGGAAGCUGCAAUCCAUCAAAAUUGUUCAGCAGUAGAGAUCAUCUUUGGCGAUCCCCAUCUGGAUUCAUGGAUACCGAUGUACAUCUACGUGGCGAUCGUGGCGGCCUUGUUUUUCCUGUCCAUGCUUCGGACGGUUUUGUUCUUUCACAUAUGCAUGAAAUCUUCAAUCAACCUUCAUUGUCAAAUGUUCAAAUCUGUUCUCCGAGCCCCAGUUACCUUCUUCGAUAACAACCCAGUUGGCCGGAUCCUGAACAGAUUCAGUAAGGACGUCGGAGCAUCAGACGACAUGCUGCCUCCCACAGCUUUUGACACUCUUGGAGUGACCUUCCAAGUGCUGGGCAUCUCAUUUCUGGUCUCCGUUACCAACUAUUAUGUUGUAAUUGGCACAGUGAUCGCCAUGGUGGUCUUCAUUUGUCUACGAAACUUCUAUUUGAAAACUGCAAGGGAUUUGAAGCGGCUGGAGUCCACCACACGGAGUCCGGUCUUCUCCCAUCUAAGCGCUUCCCUGAACGGGCUGGCGACAAUCAGAGCCUCACGUACAGAGAGCAUCUUCAUGCAGGAGUUUGACAACCAUCAAGAUCGUCAUACUUCUGCGUGGUUCCUCUUUCUAUCCGGUACCCGAUGGUUGGGCAUUUGGUUAGACUGGUUGAUUGUCGUCUACCUCGCUGCUGUCACCUACAGUUUUAUGGCAGUUGGCAAGGUGACGAGGUCUUGGAAUCCAACAGAGGCACUGGGCGGGAAUGUCGGGCUCGCAAUAUCCUCGGCAAUGAUGCUGACGGGUAUGUUUCAAUGGGGUGUAAGACAGAGUGCAGAAUUGGAGAAUCAGAUGACAUCUGUUGAAAGAAUCAUGGAAUACUCUAAGUUGGAAGAAGAGGGCGCCCUCGAGUCACCGCCUGAUAAAAAACCACCGUCGAACUGGCCUUCAGAAGGAGAUAUUAAGUUCGAGCAAGUGUCCCUCCGAUACUCCGCCGAUUCAUUGCCGGUACUCAAUGACCUCACGUUCAAAGCAGCGGCAAAAGAAAAGAUAGGGAUAGUGGGGAGAACAGGAGCAGGGAAGUCGUCGUUGAUAGCCGCCCUCUUCCGUCUGAUAGAACCUGAGGGUCGAAUCCUCUUGGACGGAAGAGACACCAAAGCUUAUGGUCUCCAUGAGGUCCGAAGGGGAAUCGCCAUCAUUCCACAGGAUCCCGUACUCUUCCAGGGAACGAUGCGAAAAAACCUGGAUCCCUUCAACGAGCAUUCCGAUGAGGCCUUGUGGAGAGUCGUGGAACAAGUUCAGCUGAAGGAAGCAGUCAGUGAGCUACCGGAGAAAUUGAACACGAUACUCUUCGAAGGAGGGAGUAACUUCUCAGUGGGUCAGAGACAGCUUGUCUGUCUUGCCAGGGCCCUCCUUCGACGAAACAAAAUUCUUGUCCUUGAUGAAGCUACGGCCAACGUCGAUCCCAAGACGGAUGCCCUCUUCCAAGAGACUCUGAAGAAGAGUUUCAAGGAUUGUACGGUGUUGACGAUCGCACAUCGCUUGGAUACAAUCAUUGACAGUGACAAAGUUCUCGUUCUUGAUCGCGGAGAAAUUAAAGAAUUUGGGCGACCAUAUGAGCUGCUGCAGAACAAGAAAGGUCCUUUCUUUGAACUGGUAGCCCAAACGGGAAAAGCAUCAACAGCACGGCUUUAUCGCGCAGCCGCAAAGUCACAGGCAGAGAAAUUUCCAGAGAAGCUAGGCAUUCUUGCUCCAUCUCUAGAGGAAGUGCAAGAAGAGGAAGAUGAUAAAUUAUAACCACAUUCUGAAGAAAAUGGAGUAUCUACGGUGAAAGAAACUUCCACCCACCAAUAGUUUCUGUGAAUGAGCUGCUCAAACGGCGGAUCUCAGCAACAAUCCUCUCCCCAGCCUACCUCCCUUUCCCGGUGCCCGAUCCGACAAACUUCUAAGAAUUUCUUGCCUGUGACGGAAGUGUCUUCACACGAUUCACGCACGGGCG